GCGGCCCCGGGACCCCCAGGAUGAGACAUAGGCACACACACUGACCAUAGGGGGACAGAGCGUUGGGCGAUGGGAUGGAGCAGGACCAGUAUGAAGCUCGCCUUAAGGAACUCUUCGACAGUUUUGACACCACUGGAACAGGGUCUUUGGGACAGGAAGAGCUGACAGACCUUUGUCAUAUGCUCCAGCUGGAGGAAGUGGCCCCCUCUCUGCAGCAAGCUCUACUCCAGGAUAACCUGCACAGCAGAGUUCAUUUUGACCAGUUUAAAGAAGCUCUUAUAGAUGUCCUUUCCAGCACACUAUCCAAUAAAGAGAACUGCCCAGAACCAGAUUGCUCCCUGGAAGCCCAGCCAAAGUACAUCAAGGACGGCAAGAGGUACGGCAGACGGACUGUGCCUGAGCUGCAGGACUCCCUGGAAGAGUUUGAUGAGGAGACGGUAAUAGAGCCCGAAGACGACGGGACGAGGUCCUCGCAGGUCAGCUCCAGAAACUGUGAAGAGCUUUGGAAGAAUGAAGAAGGAGAAGAAUAUGAAGCAGAAGGCCAGUUACGGUUUUGGAACCCGGACGAUCUCAAUGCUUCUCAGACCACGCUGUCUACUGACCAGGACUGGGUGGAACAGAAGCUUCAGCUGAUCUGCGAGGAUCUCGGCAUCACCAGAGAUGGUCACCUGCACAGGAAGAAGCUUCUGUCCAUCUGUGAACAGUACGGCUUUCAAUAUCUGGACAAAGAGGCCCUGGAAGAUGCAUUUCAGAAUGUUGACCAUGAUGAAACCAUGAGCCUUCAGGAUUUUUUCUAUGAAGUGUGCAAGAAUACCAAACCACCAACCCCGUCUUCCUCCACUCCUUACCGACAGUUGAAGAGGCACUUAUCUCUACAGCCAUACGAUGAAAGUGGAAGGCGGACACUGACCCCUUCGGCCAUGUCUGGGACAAUUGGCCUUCGACUAUUCUCCAAGUUGGAUGAUGGUACGGGUUAUGGCUGCGUGGAGGACAUCAUAGACUUGUGGCUUGAAGAAGGACUUGACAACAGCCAAGCCAUUCUCAAGGCUCUGGAUUUCAGUUUAGAAGGUAGAAUCAAUCUUUCAGAGCUGACGAUGACCCUGGAAAAUGAACUUCUGAUCACCAAAAAUGAGAUUUACCAUGCAGCCCUUGUCAGCUUCCGCUCGGAGAUCAGGCACUUGCUGGAGAAAGUCGAUCAGACUGCCAGAGAAAAAGAAAAGCUCCGUCUGGAUUUGGAGAAGAAUGAGAAACAGAAGAAUCUCAUGGCCUUGGAGGUGGAUGACCAUCACGCAGCUAUCGAGCGACGUAAUGAACACAACCUAAAAAAACUGGAUGAAGAGUACAAGGAGAGAACAGCUGCCCUAAAAAAUGAACUGAGGAAAGAGAGAGAGCAGAUGUUUCAGCAAGCAAAUCGGCAGCGGCAAGAGCUAGAACAGGAUUUGGAGAAAGUCAGAGUGGAAGAGAAUUACCUACGAGACCGGCUGACUUUGUCUAUAAAGGAGAAUACCCGCAUGGAGAAUGAGCUGCUUGAGACCACAGAGAAGCUGGUGGAGUGUGAAUCCCUGACAGCCAAGCUGCAGAGGAGUCUUGAUUUUGGAGACUUGGACCCAAGCUAUGUAGAGUUUUUCCGGCACGAGGAGAAGUUGUUGCAGUUACGCAAUGAGUACGAGAGGCAGCGCAGGGAGCUGCAGGAUCGUAUUGAUGAGCUGCAGCUGGAACUGGAAGACUACCGUGCUCAAGGUGUCCGAGGUUUUCGGUCCUCUCUGAAGAAUUCUUUGUUUGAUGAAAUGGAUAACAAAAGCUCAGUUGAAUGUGACCAAGGUAUUGGUUCUGAAGACUGUCCUCCUCUAAACAUGAGUAUAGAAGCAGAAAUGGCCAUUGAGCAGAUGCGGGAGCAGCACCAGAGAGAGGUCGAGAAGUGGACCCUGGAACUGGAAAAUAAAACCAUGCACUAUGAAGAAAAACUAAAAGAUGCAAACCAUUUAUGUGAAAAAGAACAGGAAGCCCUGAAGGAGAAACUCGACAUCCAGAUUCACAAAGCUGAAGAGCAAAUAAAGAUCUUCAAAAUGAAGCACUUAGAACUGGAAGCCGACAUACAGAGACUUAAAGAAGAGCAGCACAGGGCAGAAUUUAAGCACCAGGACCAGGUUAGCACAAUGGAGGCAGAGUUUAGCAUCCAGAAGCAGCAGUUGAUGGAAAAAGAAUCAACCCUACAACUGCAGCUAGAAGAAGCCAGACAUGUAUAUCAUAAGGAGAAGGAGGAACUGGUCCAGAGAUCAGAGGACAUUGAAAAGGAGGCAGAAGCUCGACUGGUUGAGCUUGUAACAACCUAUGAAGACCAGAGAAAUCAAUUGGAGCAACAUUUUCAUGAGCAAAUAUCAAGUUUUCAGGAAAAACACGAGUUGGACACACAAGAAGUAAGAAGGCAUCUGUUGGAGCAACACCAGCAAGAAGCUCAGGCACAAAGGAAAGAAAUGGAAGCCGAAUGUAACAGAAGAAUUUUGGAAAUUAAAUCUCAGUUUGCACAGGAUUUAGAGUUGGCAGAGAAAACCUACAAAGAUAACUCAAGGAGUCUUGAAAGACGGUUGCAAAAUGAUUUUCAAGAUCUCCAUGAUCAACAUGCAGAAGAGAAGGCUCAGUGGGCAUUUGAAAAGGAAGAACUCCUUCAGGAGCAUAUAGAGACACGAGAGAGGUUAAUGGAAAAUAUUUCACAAGAAAAGGAUGCCUUGGAAAAAUCCUACAAGGAACUAUUUAACAAUCUAAAUUCUGAAAAGAAACAAAUGGAAAACGAGUUGAAUAACCUGAGGGCCGGAUCAAAACAAAUAGAAGAUGCUCUUGCUAAGAAAGUCCUUCAGCUAGAAAGUGACCUCCGGGAGGAAUUGACUGAAAGAGAUGAACAGUUAUGUCAGGCUGAGAAAGAAGUUCUUGAACUUCAAGAGACACUAGAAAAACUCCAGAAGCAAUCUGAAUUUGAGAAAGAUGAACUCUGUUCCAAAUUGUCAACUGCAGAAGAACUUUAUAAGAAGGGGUGUAAGAGGACAGAGGAAAAGAGAUUAGAGAUGAUGGAAGAGAUAACUAAGCUUCAAAAUACCAUCCAUGAAUUAAAGGAUGAGACCACAUCUUUAUCUAACAUUCAAACAGAAUUCAAGUUGAUGGAAAAAGAAAAUUCUGAAUUAAAAAAUGUUUUGUCACAAUUUCAUAACUGUCCAGCUAGUCUUGAAGAGGAAAGGCAUGCUUACAGAAACCUGCAAAAUGUGCAUGAGCAGAUGCUGAAAGAAAAUCUUGUGUUACAGUCUGAAAUCAGUAGACUUAAGAAGAAUCUGAACUUGGCCAAAAUAGAGAUUGACAAAGCUCAAAAGGCUGGCAAGUUAGACGAGAACAAACAGGCCUUAACGUCUUCAGAAAUGAAAUUGAAAGAUGGCAAUGAAAAACUGUCUCAUACCAAGAACAAUAUUCAGUCUCUAGAACAAACAAUAGAAAAAAUGGAAAAAGACAAUACAGUUGAGAAACAAAUCCUUCAAACCAAACUUUUAAAAUCAGAGGAACGUUAUAAAGAAUUGUAUGAUUGUACAAAUGCAAAAAGACAAGAAAUGCUUUUAGAAAUAGAUAGGCUUCAAAGCAUAAUCAAUCAACUUCAAAACGAGAUCAGUUCUUUAUCCAAAACACAGCAAGAGUAUUUGUUGGUGAUGAAAGAAAAUGAAGACCUGAAAAAAGAUAUAUCUCAAAUACAAGGAAACAUGGUUCAAGAAGAGGAAAGAAGCGCUCUGAAGAAUCUACAGAAAGUGCAUGAAAAGGCGGUCCAUGAGAAUGUCAUGUUAUUGUCGGAGAUCUCAAAACUUAAGAAACUUGAUCUUGGUAAAGUGAUGGAGGAAGAUAAGCUGGCUUCAGAAAAACUAUUGCACGAUUUACAAGAGAAAAGUGAGCAAGUGUGUCAAGCAGAGAAAGAUGUUCAAGUUCUACAUGAAGCCUUGGAAACUGUAGAGCAAGACCGUAUAGUUGAGAGAGAGUGUUUUAACUUAAAACGGUUACAGUCGGAAGAACAUUACAAAGUCAUUUGCAGUGAGGCACAAAAAGGUAGAGGGGAAAUAUUAAGACUUAAAGGCACAGUCAAGGAAAUGGAAGACAAAGUUGCAUCUUUGUUGAAAAUUCAGGAUGAACAUCUGUUGAUAAAGAAAGAAAACUAUGAGUUAAAGCUGAUGGUUUCAGAGUUACAAAAUACAUCAGCAGUCAUUGAUGGAGGAAUUUUCAGAAACCUUCAAACUGCCCAUGAGCAAACCGUUAAAGAAAAUGUUAGACUGUUGACCGAAGUUUCUAAACUUCAGAUGAAGCUUAGCUUAAUGGAGAACAAGACCAGGGAAGCAGAGACCCCAGAUGAACUGACAAAGAUGGAAGAUGACCAGCCUGCAAAGCCGCAGCCUGAAAAAAAUAUUGAGUUUAAAACGGCCGAUAUUGCUUUUGAGGAGAACAAGAAAACCUUCGACAGCAUUCAUUUGAAACUUCAAAAGAAAACAAGAGAACUUGAAGAUACUACCAAAGUUUUAUGCCAGCUUGAAACAAGCUAUAGAGACGUGAAGACCGAGAAUGACCAUUUAAAAAUACAGGUGGUAUUAAUCCAAGACAAGCUAAAUAAUUUAUCUUUAGAAUAUGACCAGGUGAAAAAGGCCAUCCGCUUAGAAGAAAUUGUAUUGCCAGAACUGAACGAUGCCCCCAUUAGCAUCCCUGGUCUGAAACUUUUGCUAGCUGUCGCCAAGAAAGAAAAUUUGCACCUUCAAAAAAACAUGAAAGCCAUGGAGCUUAGAAACAUGGAAGCUGUAGAAAACAACAGAACUUUAUCCGCAGAGGUUUCUUGGCUUCAAAAUGAAAUUCAGAACAUGGAGGAGAUAACUGAAGCUUCUUUAAAACUGGAGAAUCUGUAUGAUGAAACGAAGAAGGAAAAUGAAGAACUGAAGUCCCUGGUUCAUAUGAUGCAGAAGAAAAUAUGUGUGUUGGAAACAAAGCCGUUAAUAAAGCCACUUUUAAGAAAUAAGGGGAUUCAAACUGACCUACAGGCCGAAGAAAGUGGACAAAGCCUCAAAUAUCAAGAAUGUCCUCUGCAAGAUAAGUCCUCAAAACCUUUACCUCCAGAAGGAAAACAAGAAAAUGGCCAUAUCUGGGCAAACGGGGUAGAAUAUGAUAAACAUUCAGAAGAGUCUUUGGGAUUCCUAACACAGAGAAAUAAAGAAGAUGUUUUAGAAAAGUUGGGAACCUGUUUAAAUAACACAGUUGAUCAUGAGGCAACUGGAGAAGAUAAGAUGAUGGAACAUCUGAGAGCUGAGAAUUUAGCUUUAAAGGAAGAAUAUACAGCACUCGGUGAACAAGUUACAUCUCUGAAAGAGGAAGAAGAAAGCUCUAACCAAAAAAUGUCUGAACUGCUGAAUGCUUGUGAGGAGAUGUGGGAGAACCUUGAGACCAUUCAGAAUGAAAAAUUUGCUCUGGAAAAGAUGGUGAGUAGAACAGUAACUGAAUUGAAAUCCAGGAAUGAACAGCUGCUCUCAGAAAAUGAGGAGCUGUUCAUGAAGAACUCAAAGAACCAAGAGAACCUCCAAGAUCUGAACUGCAGGCUCAUGAUGUUUCUCAAGCAGAAAGAGCGCAAGGAUUCCGCUAAAGGAGUGGAAGAGUGGCAGAAGGAAAAGGGUCAACUAAAAGAGGAGAUUGAAGGCUACAGGUCAAAGGUUUUGGAUUCCGAGCAAGAGUUGUCACAGAUCAAAGUACACAGUCGUUUCUUAGAGCAGGAGAACACUCUUCUGAGGCAGGAGAUAGAGACGAAGGAGCUUGCAAAAUGCUCGGAGAUUACGGACUUAAAGAAUGAAAUUUCGCUCCUGAAGAAUAAGAAUGAAAAGCUGCUAAAAGAGGUGGAAACGCUGGGGGAGGAGCUUGGAAAUUGCGUGGGAAAGUCUGCCAAAGUCACCUACCUAGAAAAUAAGAUUGCAAGCUUAAAGCAAGAACAGAAGAGUUGGGAACAGCAGUCAAACACCCUAAGAUCGCAACUUGCAACAUCUCAGGAAAAGAUCCAGAAUCUGGAAGAAAGUCUGCAGAAUGUCAAUCUUCAGAUGUCUCGCAUCAAGUCUGACCUUCGUGUUGCACAGCAGGAGAAAGAGUCUCUAAAACAGGAAGUGAUGUCCUUGCACAAACAACUGCAAAAUGCUAAUACUAAGAAACAGGUCUUGGAAAUGGCCAUACAAUCCUCAGGGCUACAGAACCAGCAGAAGAAGCAGUACUGGGAUGACCUGGAGCAGCUGAUGGAGCAGGAACAGCAGCUUCUGAGACAGGAGAAUGAGCGACUGCAGAGGGAAGUUCACAAUACAAAGUCUGACCUGGCACAAACCAGGGAGAAGGUACGGCAGCUCGAAUCUACUGUAAUUUCUUUGAAACACCAAAAACAGGGGAACCAAUCCAGCCUGGUGAAAGCCUUAGAACAUGAGAAGUCCAGCUUGAAAAGAGAGUGUGACCAGCUACAGUUAGAGCUAACAUCUGCAAACAGGAAGAUUAGUCAGCUGAGCUCUCUUGAAAGGGAAAUGGGAACAUUGAAAAUUGAGAAUGAAAGUUUACGGAAAAACCAAGGGAAACUUGAUGAUCAUCUCAUGGAAAUGCUGCACUCACCGACCAGCCUGAGCCAUAGCCACUCCCAGCUCCAGCAGCAAGCUUGUGCCACCGUGCCACGAGACCAUUACUUGCAGAUCCAGCAACAACUUCAGCAGGCAGAGCGGAGUAACCAGCAGCUGCGGGCGGCUCUGGAUAACCGCAGCGCCGACAUCAACCCUCCACAGGUUAGUGAGGAGAGGCUGCUGAGGAAAAUGGAAGCUCGUAUGAUCGAUGUAGAGCAGAAACUCAGAAUUGUAAAGAUGCUUCUUCAGGAAAAAGUGAAUCAGCUAAAGGAACAGGUCACCAGGAACUCCACGGCAGAAAGCAAGAUUAAAGAUCUGUUUGUUGAAAAUUCCCAGCUGCUCAAAGCUCUGGAGCUGAGCAAGCAAAGGCAGCAAACGGCAGAGAAAAAGAACUACUUUCUGGAGGAGAAAAUCUCUGGCCUGAGUAAGAUAGUAAGGGACCUAAGUCCGGACAGCCCCAGGGCCGGACACUCCCGCCAGCGCAGACCAUAG